AAAUACACCCUUUAAAGAGCAGAAUCAAAACAGUUUACAUAUCACAUUCAGGAGAAAAACCAAAGACACUCACACCUACACCCAAACAUUUGGACUAUGGCUUCCACAACCUCAGGUGAUGUUCUCCCCACUGGUGGAAGGAUUUUCAUCAGCUUUCCUGACCUCUUCUUCAUCCCAGAGUGGGUCAUUGGGGGUUUGGUGUGGAUCCUGGUGGCUUCGACUCGGGUCGCCCCGGACAAUCCUCUGGGCUGGGUGAUGUUUGUGUCAGUCUUCUGCUUCGUUGGGACGACUCUGUGGUUUUUCAUCUUCGCCUGUGGAGGCAAUAAAAGCAGCUUUUGGCCUGGCGUGGACACAGGUUUUCAUUUCUUGGCGGCUGUUUUCUACCUCAGUGCGUCAGUGGUUUUGGCCUACGUCACCAUUCAAAAUAAGAAUUCUAUGGGUACAUUUGAGGAACUGAAGAUCUACCGACUGGACAUUUCUGCUGUGGUGAUGUCUCAUGUGGCUACUCUACUCUACUUCCUCCAUGCCAUUUUCUCUGCAAUCAGAUGGAAGAGUGCCUGAAGCAUGAAUCUCCAGACAUGAAGUGAGAGAUAAAGUGGUACAUUUUUGUUUGACUCUUUCUUUAAAAUGAAGGGAUAAAUGUCAAAAUGUUACGUUAGUGUAAAAGAAGCAUACCAUUCUGCUUUUACUACUUCAUAAGUUGCUGUUGUUGUGACAAGAUAAGGGACUUUGUUCAACCAUUCAAAGUAAUUUUAAACUUUUUCUAUUCCUUUAGAAUAUGUAUACUUAUUCAGAUAGGACUUAAGAUUGUCUUUGAUUUCAAUUUUGUCUGACAUUUUAUUGUUUAUGUCUCACCUUCAAUGAGUAGCUUUUCUGGGGCGAAGAAAUAUUUUAUGGUUUUCUUUGGCCAUUUUUUGUUUU